CGCUCCCAGCCGCCUCUGGGGUAAGUGGCCCCGGAUAAUUAUGGCGACUCUCAGAACGUCUGUGGUGCUGUGGAGCCUCCUUACGGGGUCUCGAGGCACAGAACGGGUCUGUUUCCGGUCCCGAGUUCGGCCUCGGCCCGACGCCCUCCCUCAGCAACUGCCUGGGCCCUGCGGGACGGGAGUACCAUGUCGUCGGCUCGCUUCCGAGGCCGAAUCCGGUAGCUCAGAGAUCAAGAAACCUACGUUUAUGGAUGAGGAAGUCCAAAGCAUACUCAUCAAGAUGACAGGCUUAAAUUUGCAGAAGAUUUUUAAGCCAGCUGUCCAAGAGCUGAAGCCACCAACAUAUAAGCUAAUGACCCAGGCACAGUUGGAAGAGGCUACAAGACAAGCAAUUGAGGCAGCUAAAGUACGAUUAAAAAUGCCACCGGUUCUGGAAGAGCGAGCACCAAUAAAUGACGUGUUAGCUGAAGAUAAGAUUUUGGAAGGAACAGAAACAGCCAAAUAUGUGUUUACUGAUAUAUCAUAUAGCAUACCACACCGGGAGCGUUUUAUUGUCGUCAGAGAACCAAGUGGCACUCUACGCAAAGCCACUUGGGAAGAACGGGACCGGAUGAUACAAGUUUAUUUCCCAAAAGAAGGUCGGAGAACUUUAACGCCAGUAAUUUUCAAGGAAGAAAAUCUUCAGACCAUGUAUAGCCAGGACCGGCACGUUGAUGUCCUCAAUCUCUGUGUUGCCCAGUUUGAGCCAGAUUCUGCUGAAUAUAUCAAAUUUCAUCGUCAGACCUAUGAAGAUAUAGAUAAACAUGGAAAGUAUGACCUUUUACGUUCAACAAGACACUUUGGUGGAAUGGCUUGGUAUUUUGUAAAUAAGAAAACGAUUGAUGGUUUACUGAUUGACCAGAUUCAGAGAGAUCUAGUGGAUGAUGCCAUCAGCUUGGUCCAGCUGUAUCACAUCCUCCAUCCAGACGGCCAGUCAGCUCAAGAGGCCAAGGAGCAGGCUGCUGAGGGGUUACAGUUAAUUAAGGUCUUUGCAAAAACAGAAGCACAGAGGGGAGCAUAUAUAGAAUUAACACUGCAGACUUAUCAAGAAGCAUUCAUUAGCCAUUCUGCAGCUUCCUGAAAAUAUUUAAAUAAAUUUCAUUUUA